AUGUCAGAUCCAGUUCUCCCUAUAGAAUUGCAUCCGGCAAGUCUCAGGCCCCUCUCUUAUAGAGUGCUCUCCAAGAAACAUGGUCUUCACAUAAAGAGCGAGGCUUUGGCAGGAUUGGCCAAAUACAUUGGCCAUAAAUAUGGAACCAACUGGAAUAGUACCCAAUGCAUGAACUUCUUGGAUAACUUUGGAAAGAUAUGGAAAGAGCAAGAUAGAGGGCUGUUCAUAGAUAAAGAGGGCACUGAAAAGAUCAUCAGAGAAGUUACUGACAAAGAAAACAAGCGAGAAGAAGCCAGCAUAGUGAGUCGUAAAGAAGUUUCAUUGGAUUUUUUGACUAGCAAGAAACACCUGGCAACGGCACAAGAAUUCGACAGCAUAGUUGACCAUUCGUUGAAAGAAACUUAUGUCAUUAAUGAACCCCAAAUAGACUGGAAAAAUUAUUUUCAAGUGGUGAAUUACGAUCAGCAGCCCCUUUUCAGAUUCAAUUCUCUAAAGAGACAGUUGGAAUUAUUCAGGAGGUACCCUCAAAAUCCUCUUAGUCCGGCAAACUUGGCUCAAACCAGUUCAGCAGUUGAAAUGUUUCUCAACAGGUACAAUUUGGUGUACGAAAGAUUUAUUCGUGACGAAGAGUUCAAGCCAACGGUGACAAGAAUAAAGAACCUGCUGGGAAGGAACGGUUCAAGAUUUCUUAUUUUCGGGCUCAUUUCUUACAAUAAUUCAGGCAAUCUACAAUUGCAAGAUGAUUCAGAUGCUAUUGAACUGGAUAUCUCCAGAUGUACUUUUUCCAUGGGUUAUUUUGUUCCAGGCUGUCUAGUGGUUUGCGAUGGAAUCUACUCCAAGAAGAAUGUGUUCCAUUGCUUGAGUAUAGCUCAUCCUCCAGCAGAAAAAAGAGAAACUUCAAUGGAGAUCAUAGGAAAUUUAGACCUUUUGGGCAUACAUUCGACUUCGAAGCAAAUCACUAAAAUUGAUCCUGACCUAAAAUUGAAGUUAAUGACAACCGAGAAACAACUUGAUUCCCACAAAAUUUUGAUACUAGGAGGUGACAUAUUUUUAGACGACCUGAAUGUUUUAGAUGCUUUGAAAAAAUUGUUCGCCAAGUUGACACAAACUUUUGUUGAUAAUCAGGUAGAUUUACCACUUUCCAUUGUGCUGAAUGGUCCAUUCACCAAAUAUCCAUUAUCAUGUUCUCCAAUCAAUUUUAGCUUCUCUUCAAUAGCAUCUUACAAAGCUGGGUUUGACUCUUUAGCUUCUAUUUUGGAGAAGUUCCCCGAGAUUUGCAAGCACACCACCAUAAUAUUUGUCCCCCAUGACAAUGACUUAUGGCCUAGCAUUGUGCACCGUGGCACAUCUUCAUUAUGGCCACAUCAACCAAUUUCAAACACAUUCAUCACCAAACUCACAAGAAUCAUCAAAACUUGUCUCGUAGCGUCGAACCCAACCAAACUUAAUUAUUUGUCACAGGAAAUCAUAUUGGUUCGAGACGAUAUUAAUGCUAGAUUCAAACGGAACCAAAUUACCAAGCCUGCACCAGUAGAAAUCGAAAUAGACAUAGAACCAACACAAGUUUCAACUGAAGACGUGGUUUCAGACAAGUCGAUAUCUCCUGAAAUUCGUCUGGCAAGAAAAAUCGUCAAGACAGUACUUGACCAAGGACAUCUGUCACCGUUUACGACGGACAUACGCCCGAUUCUUUGGGAUUAUGACCCAUAUUUGCAUUUGUAUCCAUCUCCGAACUUACUAGUCCUGUGUGACCCAUCUGCCCCAAGAUUUGAUAUCACUUACAUGGGGUGUCAUACCAUCAAUCCUGGGAAGUUCCUAGUAGGUAACAAAUGCAACUACACCAUAUAUUGUCCCUCCACAAGUAAAUGCUCGUCAGAAGAGAUAUUCAUUUAA